AGAAUUGAGUGGUUGGUGAGAAGAAAUCCAACAGUCAAAAAACGUGUCUCUACAAUAACAACCCAUAACUCCACCUACUUAUACUCAAAAUCUUCUGACUUUUCACCUUCAUUCUCUUAUUCGGUGUUUCAUCUGAGAUCGGGCAGGCUUUUAAUUCCAGAAUCGAUUUGCAGAGAUGCCAUCAUCAAGUGAGAUGUCAUCAUCAAGUGAUUCUCUGGUAGACUCAACGGAACUAAAGAAUGCACCAUUGAGAAUUGACAAAGACGUAGAUUCUGUUCUUGACAACGGAUGUCUUUCCAUUGUAGUUCUCGGUGCUUCUGGUGAUCUUGCAAAGAAAAAAACUUUUCCUGCACUCUUUCAUCUCUUCAAGCAGGGAUUCUUGACAACCAAUGAAGUUCACAUAUUUGGUUAUGCUAGAUCAAAGAUUACGGAUGAGGAUCUAAGAGAUCGUAUUAGCAGUUAUCUAAGUCCUGGUGAAGUUUCAACAGAGUCAUCAGAAAGCCUCUCAAAGUUUCUUAAGCUGAUUAAAUAUGUGAGUGGUUCUUAUGACCAUGAGGAUGGUUUUCUAUUAUUAAAUGAUGAGAUUUCUAAACAUGAAACCACGAAGAAUAGUCAAGAAGGAACAUCUAGAAGACUCUUUUAUCUGGCGUUGCCUCCUUCAGUAUAUCCGUCCGUCUCCAAAAUGAUCCGAACGUGCUGCAUGAAUCAAUCACAUCUUGGUGGUUGGACUCGGAUUGUUGUUGAGAAACCAUUUGGCAAGGAUCUGAAAUCUUCAGAGGAACUCAGUGCUCAACUUGGAGAACUUUUUGAUGAACCUCAAAUUUAUCGUAUUGAUCAUUACCUUGGAAAGGAAUUGGUUCAGAACUUGUUGGUGCUUCGGUUUGCAAACCGUUUCUUCUUACCUCUGUGGAACCGUGAUAAUAUUGCUAACAUACAGAUUGUCUUCAGGGAGGAUUUUGGUACUGAAGGCCGUGGUGGUUAUUUUGAUGAAUAUGGCAUUAUACGUGAUAUUAUUCAGAAUCAUCUCUUACAGGUUCUUUGUUUGGUUGCUAUGGAAAAACCGGUGUCGCUUAAACCUGAACACAUAAGGGAUGAGAAAGUGAAGGUUCUUCAGUCUGUUGUACCAAUUAAAGAUGAAGAUGUUGUUCUGGGGCAAUACCAGGGUUAUACAGAUGACCCAACAGUUUCUGACAACUCAAACACUCCAACAUUUGCUACUGUCGUAAUGCAUAUACACAAUGAAAGAUGGGAAGGUGUUCCGUUCAUACUAAAGGCUGGAAAGGCAUUGAAUUCAAAAAAAGCUGAGAUACGUGUUCAGUUCAAAGAUGUGCCUGGUGAUAUCUUCAAAUGUCAGAAACAAGGCAGAAAUGAAUUUGUCAUUAGGUUGCAGCCGUCAGAAGCCAUGUAUAUGAAACUGACAGUGAAGAAACCAGGACUAAAUAUGUCUACUAUUCAAAGCGAACUGGAUUUAUCUUACAGCCAACGAUAUCAGGAUGUCAUCAUUCCUGAGGCAUAUGAACGUUUAAUUCUAGACACAGUAAGGGGAGACCAACAGCACUUUGUCCGAAGAGAUGAACUCAAGGCGGCAUGGGAGAUUUUUACGCCAUUGUUACACAGAAUUGAUGAUGGGGAAGUAAACCCAAUUUCAUACAAGCCAGGUAGUCGUGGUCCGGCUGAGGCAGACGAGUUACUAUCCAAGGCAGGUUACAGGCAGACACAUGGCUAUAUAUGGAUUCCUCCCUCUCUAUAAAUCUCAUGGUCAGGCACUAGUACAACCUGGGUAUAUUUUUAGAAGUCUUAUGCCAUAUAUCAAUCUGUUAAGGUAAAGUUUGAAUAAUUUAAUGUACUUAUGUCUCAAUAAUGUUGUAAGUUUAAUAUACUACCUGUGAUUUAUGCAAUGAAUAAUCAAUAAUCGUAAGCUAGUUUUGCCUAGCUUUCAAAAUGAAUGACAAUAUAUAGACAAGUGUAUACAGAUUUUUAUAUAUCAUGACAGUAGAAAUUGGUAUCUAAUUUUUUACCAAUUCUAAUGUAAAU